CAGUGUCGGCACAUCCGGGCACUGGGGCAGGAUGAGCGCUCCUUUCCAAGAUGGCGGCGGAGGGAGGUGGGAAGGAGAUGAACGAGAUUAAGACCCAGUUCACCACCCGGGAGGGGCUGUACAAGCUGCUGAGCCACUCGGAGUACAGCCGGCCUAACCGCGUGCCCUUCAACUCGCAGGGCUCCAACCCCGUCCGCGUCUCCUUCGUCAACGUCAACGACCAGAGCGGCAACGGGGACCGGCUCUGCUUCAAUGUGGGCCGGGAGCUCUACUUCUACAUCUACAAGGGGGUCCGCAAGGCUGCGGACUUGAGUAAACCAAUAGACAAAAGGAUAUACAAAGGAACACAGCCUACAUGCCACGACUUCAAUCACUUAACAGCCACAGCAGAAAGUGUGUCUCUUCUAGUGGGCUUCUCUGCAGGCCAGGUCCAACUUAUAGACCCUAUUAAAAAAGAAACUAGCAAAUUAUUUAAUGAGGAAAGACUAAUAGACAAGUCCCGAGUAACCUGUGUAAAAUGGGUACCAGGUUCGGAAAGCCUUUUCCUAGUAGCUCAUUCCAGUGGCAAUAUGUACUUGUAUAACGUGGAGCACACUUGUGGUACCACAGCCCCGCACUACCAGCUACUUAAACAAGGAGAGAGUUUUGCAGUGCACACUUGCAAGAGUAAAUCCACAAGAAACCCUCUGCUUAAAUGGACAGUAGGUGAGGGUGCCCUGAACGAAUUUGCCUUUUCCCCUGAUGGGAAGUUCUUGGCGUGCGUGAGCCAGGAUGGUUUUCUUCGCGUGUUUAACUUUGACUCGGUGGAAUUGCAUGGUACAAUGAAAAGCUACUUUGGAGGACUGCUGUGUGUGUGUUGGAGCCCCGAUGGGAAGUACAUAGUGACAGGAGGAGAGGAUGACUUGGUGACAGUUUGGUCUUUCGUGGACUGUCGAGUCAUAGCGCGAGGCCACGGACACAAAUCGUGGGUCAGCGUGGUGGCCUUUGAUCCGUACACCACUAGUGUAGAAGAGAGCGACCCCAUGGAAUUUAGCGGAAGCGAUGAGGAUUUCCAAGACCUUCAUUUUGGCAGAGAUCGAGCAAAUAGCACACAGUCCAGACUGUCCAAAAGGAACUCUACAGACAGUCGUCCAGUAAGUGUUACGUAUAGGUUUGGUUCGGUAGGCCAGGACACGCAGCUGUGUUUGUGGGAUCUUACAGAAGAUAUCCUCUUCCCCCACCAACCUCUGUCAAGAGCAAGGACACAUACAAAUGUCAUGAAUGCCACAAGUCCACCUGCGGGAAGCGGUGGAACUAACCCAGGAAGUAAUGGAAACAGUAUCACAACACCUGGAAACUCUGUACCCCCUCCUCUUCCGCGGUCAAACAGCCUUCCACACUCUGCAGUCUCAAACGCUGGCAGUAAAAGCAGUGUCAUGGAUGGUGCCAUUGCUUCUGGCGUUAGUAAAUUUGCAACCUUAUCGCUACACGAUCGGAAGGAAAGACACCAUGAAAAAGAUCACAAGAGAAACCAUAGCAUGGGACAUAUAUCUAGCAAGAGCAGUGACAAACUGAACCUAGUUACUAAAACCAAAACGGACCCAGCUAAAACUUUGGGAACACCUCUCUGUCCCCGAAUGGAAGAUGUUCCCUUGUUAGAGCCUCUUAUCUGUAAAAAGAUAGCACAUGAAAGACUGACUGUGUUAAUUUUUCUUGAAGACUGUAUAGUCACUGCUUGUCAGGAGGGAUUUAUUUGCACAUGGGCAAGGCCUGGUAAAGUGAGUAAAAGCCUCUGAAUCUUGCUGCUGCUUCCAUCAUUGCCUCAGAAGGCCUUCAUUAAAUUGGUGCCACUGCCAGCCUGAAGAAAGAAUUGGAUGGAAAAGCAAAGGAGGCUUGCAGUGUCUAAUGUAAUUGCCAUUGAGCAGUGCUACCUCUCCCUCUCAUUUCCAACAGCCAUCAAAACAUGUGCUGGAUAAUUUGACAGUGUAUGACAAAUUCUGUUUAUUUUUCUGGUUGGGCUUGUGCUGCCCUGAGUGGAAAAUAAAUCCAGAAGUGUCUGUUCAGCCAUGAUCCCUGUGAUAGUUGAUAGUCUGUGCAUUGCUGACGUUGUCCUGACAGUUUGUUUAUAAACUUUCCAAAUUACUGCUUCAGUGUGUACAAAAUCAUACCUUGAGCUUCCUCACGGGAUGUGCUGUUCUUGCAUUGCACUUCCAGAACUGCUCUGCCAACUCCCAGUCAGUGAAGUGAAGUGAAUGGCAAAAUUCAAUUAGAAACAAGUUGGAUGAAGUUCAGGGUUCAUUAGUUUCAAUUUUUUAUUCUUUUUUUUUUUUGUGAGCUGAUUUCUGUGAAAGGUUCAGGGCGGUCAGAAAAAUAGGUUGCCUUAACAAGAGUGUGAGCUCUUCUCCUCAACAUGGUGACAAUUAGCUGUCAUCUCUCACCCCUGUCUUUGCCAGGCCCUGAUGGGAAACCUAAACAGGAUUACAGAACUGUUGGAUUAAUCUAGAAAUAUAGAAACAGAAUUUGGAAGGAAUAAAAGUAAACUUUAUUGUGCUAUCUUUAUAGCUACGUCAAUCUGAAUUACAGGAUCUGCGGAAGCAAUUAAAAAACCCCAACAAAAGCAACCCACAAAACCCCAAAGUGGUACUUGGAUAUGCAAAAUAAGUUUUCUCUGAACUCAGUGGUCAGAGUAACUGCUCACAUGAUUUCUGUGUUGGGCUUCAGAACUGACUGUUCACUGUCUGUACAGUGACUCCAUUUUCUGGGAGUGAAAGUUGCUGGGGAGUUCCUGUGUCAGAAAGCUCAAGGUAAGAUUCAAGCUCAGAAGCACCCCCGGGUGAAAUGGCAGUGUAUAACCUAGCAAGAGAAACAUCCUACCACUUUGUAAAACAAAUGCACAUGGAAUUUAUUUAUUUGACUUAUUGUACAGGAAAACUUAGACUUAAAUUAUAACAUCCUUGAAUUUUCUAGUUAACUACAAUUGUAGUACAGUAUCAUGUUUUAGUAUGGCUUCUGUUUUAGUGAAAGUACUUAAACAUUCAUGUACUAUAUUUGAGUGAGACAAGCAGCUAUACAUACUAAUUCUUCCUCAGUGGAAAGGAGCAUUUCAUCAUUACAAUUGAAGUUCAAUUGCUGGUAUUUAAGUACUAUCAAAUAGAUUUCUUUCAACGUGAUACGGUAUCUGUAUAAACUUCAGGGAUGAUUAUAGUUAAACUGAAACACAGCUAUACAACUUCAGGUUACCAUGCGAAAAUUGGAAGCUUUCUGUAAUGUGCACAGUAGCAAAGUUGCACAUGGCAUACCCACAUUAUCAGGGUGAAUUAAACCUAGAGUACACUGGUGUGAUAUUUAUAGCAAGGUAUGUGUGUGUGCGUGUGUGAGGAGGUGUGACAAGUGGCUCCAGUACAGCCAGGGGAGACCAUAACCCUGGAAAGGCAUUAUGAUGAGGAUGUCUGGAUUAGGAAAUAACAUGACUUUUACUAAACACUUUCUAGAAAACCCAUGUUCUGAAUUAUCACCUCUUAAAAUUUGAGUAUGUACUUGGAAUGACUGUAUAUGUCGGCCCCUUUAACAACAUAAAACUACUAAAUUAAUAUUUAAAUUGCUGGCCUGCUUAUGUUACAAUAAUAAAAUUUGUGUCAGUUAAUUUACUGUCAAUUUACAUGUAAAGAUUAAACUAUUUUUUCUGCAUUUUAUGAUUCUGUAUACUGGAGUUUGUUAAAGAUUGACAUGUUAGGUGAUACUGUACAAAAUUGUAUUGACUACCUUUAGUGAAAAUCAAAAGUAAAAUUCAUAUGUAUUUCCUUUUUACACUUCCAUCUAAUUUCUUGACAACUUGAAUAAAUUUCAUAGAGCCUUUCUAACAUGAACUAUUGUUAAUUUAACUGUUGCAAUAAUUAAGCUUUAAGAAGUAUUGUUGGUAUAUUUAUAAUUUUAAGAAGAUCAUGUUUGUUUCAUACUGCUUAUUUUUAGCUGUUCUAUUGUCACUGUUACAGCUGAAGAACUUUACUAAAUACUUGACAUUACAAAAUAACUUGCUGGGGUUGUCCUCUGUAUACUGAUGUUAAAUAAAAAUGUGUGAUUGA